GGGCAUAACUAAAAUUGUGAUUAUUUAUGACAGGCACGCUUAAAGCUUCAACUCUUGCAUCAUUCUAGUCGAGUCAAUUUAGGGAUCGCUUCGUAUUGGCAAUUUAGGGUUCGCUCCAUCAUCCGAAAUGGCUGAUUCUCCACGCAAAAGGUAUUCCCGCUCUCCUUCACCUUGGGAAGAAAAGUCAAGAUCUCGCUCUCGAUCCCCAACUAGAUCACAGUCAAGGCCAAGAGGAAGAUCAAGGUCCAGAAGUCAUGGAAGGGCUGAAGAUACUAAUCCUGGAAACACACUCUAUGUGACUGGAUUAUCUUCAAGGGUCACUCAAAGGGAUCUUGAAGAGCAUUUCUCAAAGGAGGGAAAGGUGAAGUCAGCUUUUCUGGUUGUGGAGCCCCGUUCUCGCAUCUCUCGUGGUUUUGCUUUCAUAACAAUGGAUAGUCUUGAGGAUGCCAAUCGCUGCAUUAAGCACCUUAAUCAGUCCGUCCUUGAAGGCCGGUCCAUAACGGUGGAGAAGUCUCGUAGAAAACGGCCAAGGACUCCAACACCUGGUCAUUAUCUUGGGCUUCAUCAGAGCGCAAGGGGUGAUGGUUAUCAUGGUGAUCGGGGUAGGUAUCGUGGCCGUGGUGACUAUGGGUACCGAAGAUCUCCAAGACGUUCUCCAUAUAGAGGUGGGCGAGAUUAUUCUCCCAGACACUCUCCAUAUAGAGGUGGGCGAGAUUAUUCUCCUAGACGCUCACCUUAUGCUGGAAGGUCGAGACGUGCGCGAUCCCGGUCAUAUUCUCCUUAUGAAAGGAACUACCCUCGUGGUUAUAGAUAAGUGGGUUUCGUCCUCAGCUAUGGAAACUGCUUUUGUAAGGAUCUAUAAGUUUGAUGUGGACUAGUCUUGAUGUUAAAGAGUACUGGUUAAUGAAUGUAUGUCUGGGUUACACCUUGAAUGUGGAUUAUCUGUAAUCUUUCUGAAACUUUAUGAUGUAUGUAUUCUCUUUCGUUGCUUGUCA